CAGCGUCCCAGUCUUUAUCUGCUCCGAACAUAGCUUCCUCUCUGCCUCUCUUUCUGUUUCUCUCUCUCUCUUCCUCUCCCCCCGAGUCACUCACAGUAUUCUGCCUAGAGAGAGAUAGAGGGAUUGAAUGGGAGUGGGGGAGGGAGGGAGGAUGGGGGAAACAAAGGCAGAGAGAGAGCUAUGUUUGGUCUAAGUGACUGAAGCGAGGGACGGUGAGAAGGAGGGAGAGAGGGGAACAAGAGGGUAGAUGAGGUUUGUCGGUUGGUUUUUUGGAGUCUAGGUCAGUUGAGAUGGACCACAGAGAGAGAGAAGACUUUGAACACAGUCUCGUUCUAUUACUAGAGGACUAUAGGGCUGCUCCGAAGGAUAUAACUACUCCUAGAAACAGAACCUAACUCUCUUAAUAGGGCUAGGACUGUUGGACUACUCCUAGAGACAGAACCAAACCCACCUAGCAAGGCUAGAGAACUGGAUUAAGGAGGGAUUGAGAAUUUAAAGGGAACUUCUUAUCACAACAGUUUUUAUUGCCUCCUUUUGAACACCGCAGUGGAAAUGUUAUGUUGAAGACUUGAUAUACAGUAGUAAGUAGCCGGACCAACUUCUUUGGGCUAAGUCCAUUGUCGUCUGUGUUGGAUUGAAGAUCUUUGGGCAUCUUUAUAAGGACUGCUCUCAGACCAGUCUAUGGUUGAACUAACAUUGGGCCUGACCCUAACUGUGACCCAGUAGACACGGUUCUAGGAUCAGGUGUGACUAGGGCCUCUUCUGUGUGGAUCCACUCUGACGCAGUGUACCUGUGAUCAGGCCUCACUCGUGGAACCUGGCCAAGCUUUCAUCAACGGAGUCCCCCCACAGUUCUACCCCUGUCCCCCCUCCUACCCCCCCUUCCCCCCCAUCUGCCAUGCAGCUCCAUCCUGGGCCCUACACACUACCCUGGCACUCUACAACAGACAACAGUGAUCUGUCUAUCCAGUGGAACCAGCUCUCCAGACACUACUCUACAGACAGAAGCAGUUCCCUAGGUAGCAUGGACAGCCUUGACCCUCCUAGCAGCCAAGUGUACUACGAUUCCCAUAAUUCCCCAGUGGACCCGGCCAUCUUCAACAAUAAGAGAGACUAUGAUUACAACAGUUCACCAGUGGACCCUGCUAUUUUCAACAAUAAAAGAGACUCUGCCUAUAGCUCUUUCUCAGCUAGUUCUAAUAUGUCAGACUAUACUGUCUCAUUAAGGCCCGGUGAGGCCUGUUCUAUGGAGAAUAUCCUCCGGAACCUUGGGCCAGGGGGACCCGCCUGCCGGGUUUAUGCCUGUGGCAAUGCACCAUCUGUGGGGACGGAGUCAGGCGAGGCCCAUGAUGAGACCAGUACCUCAGCCGUACUACUAAAGUCGAGGUCACUGACCAGGCCAAGAGUGAGGCAGCCGGAAGCGAAGGAGAGACCAUCUUCGUACUGUUUUGAAGAGGAGGGGAGAGGGGAGAGGGGUGGAGGAGGAGGGAAAAGGGAGGCUUCAAUUCCCCCCCUUCCCCCAACCAGGAAGGACAGUUUUAGGGCCACGAGAGGUCGCUUGGGGAUUACAGAUGUCAAAGAUCAACGAUGCAUCUCUGCCCCCGUCGGAAUUCCCAGCCUCUUCCGUUGCCAUGCCGAGGACGAUGACGACAAUCCUCAGAACGUUCCUGGUGUUUCGGUUAUUCCCAGAUGGAAUGGCUAUCCCGCUCUUUGCAAGGCGUCAAAGGCAGAGGGAGACAUGGGAAAUGGGAAAAGGGUUGGGGUUGGGAAUUUUAAAGGAGAUUCUUUGGAGCAAUACUACACCCUCAUCUCCAAAAAAAAAGAUUCCUUUCUGUAUAAGAACUCAGAGAUCCAGGAGAUCCACUCAGACUCCCUCCACCUCUCUGCCCUAGAGAGAAGCUCCUCUUCCUCCAUCCCCGGCUCCAGCUCCCUACCUCCAGACAGCUCCAUAGAUCCAGACCCCCCAGGUGAAACCAACCACCUCCUCCCCCAGAACAAGCACUGCUCAUCAGGUCUCUACAGACAAAGCGUCCCUGAGAAACUCUUAUCGCAGCUACGUCAUCUAGAGUUUUCCAGUGACCCUUCGGACCAUAGCUCCGUCUCCCCCUCCAGCUCCCAGUGGUCUCACUCCCCCCUUAACCCCCCCAGGGAGGACCUAGGAGGGGAUAUAGGGAGUCAUGACGCCUCCCUCCUCCUCCUCCAGCAGAGCCAGGGGGAGUGGGAAGGAAGGAGUCAAUGCUCUACCCCAGGAUUGGUGGACAUUGAUGGAAUUGGGGAGGCAGGACAGGUGAGUGUGGUGGUUUGGGAGAGUAGGGAGGUGGUGGCGGCUGCUGGUAAUCUCCUCUCCCCCAUCCAGGUCCAACACCCCUGGGGUAGGCCGGUGAAUGUUCCAGGGUCAGGGGAGCCCUCUGGAGAUUGUACACAGGGAGAGGUGAGCUCUGAGCGGAUAUGGGAGACCGACUUUGGGCCUCUCAGUGCUGCAGCCAGUGUUGACAGCCUACUGGAGGGAAGUCAUAGAGGAGGAGGAGGAGGAAGAAGGGAUGAUAAUGAAGGAGAGGUGCUGAUGAAGAAACCCAGGAGUCACCGUUCGUCCCGGGCACGCCGUCGCAGCGAACGCUUCGCCACGAACCUCCGUAACGAGAUCCAGCACAAGAAGGCCCAGCUGUCCAAGAGUAAAGGCCCAGGAGGGUUGCUCUACAGCGGGGAGACAGUUGAGGAAGAAGAAGGUCCAGACCUGGAAAUCCAGGACCUCCAGAGGAAAGAGGCUGAGGACGUCGAUCCGCCUGCCAAGGAGAGCAGCUCCCAAUGUGUGUACACCUCUUCCGACAUCAGCCUCUCAGCUCCAGCUCCUGGAGGUCUGAACAGACUAUCCUCUUCUUCCACCCUCCAGCUCCACCAGCCGUCCCUAGCCCCAGUUUCUGCUCUACAACCCCCCAGGGAUGAAGAACCUGAACCACCAGGGAACCAAGACCAAGCUACAGACUCAUCCAGGGCAUGCCAGAGGUCCGACCCAACCUUGCCCAGCUGGGGUAUGGGUAGCCAGGUUGUGGAGGAGCUAGCUCCAGCUGGUAAGUCCCGCCGAUGGAGAUGGACACCCGAACAUAAACUCCAACCAGAAAUUGACACUGACCGACGGGGGGAGAGGGUCGGAGUGGCCUUGGGAGUGUCAGGACGAGGAAGGUCAUCCUCUGCCUCCUCUUCUUCUUCCACCACUUGUUCUUCCCACACUGAGGAGUCUGAUAUUCUACCUUUCGCGGACCGCUGUAAGUUCUUUGAGGAGACAAGCAGGAGUAUAUUGGUGUCAAAUUUGCCUGGUCUGACGAGACGACGGCAGAGGCCAGAUAGACAUGAGAGGCAGCCUCAUCUGUCGAUGCUGGAGAACCAAGGAGGGGGCUAUGGACAGGGACAAGCCCAGAGGAGGUACUCCUACCAGGGUGGAUUCGAGCGAGAAAGUCCCCUUUUGAUUAGUACCAUGGAGGCCCGGAGACAAUCGGUUAGUGGGAACAGGGAGAGAGAAAAUGAGAGGGAGAGAGAGAAGGAGAGGGAAAAAGAGAGGGAGAUGGAAAGGGAGGAAAGAGCAAGAGAGAGGGAGAGGGAAAGGGAGGAGAGGGCGACAGAGAGGGAGAGGUUGUUGGAGAGGGAGGAAAUGGUAAGGGAGAGGGAAAGAGAAGAGAGGGCCAGCGAGAGGGAGAUGGCACUUGAGGAAGAGAGACAAAGUGAGGAAAGGGCUAGACUGAGAGAGCUGGAGAUGGAGAUGGAGAGGGAAAGGGAGAUAGAGAGGGAACAAGAUAGUGAGAUGGAGAAAGAGAGACAAAGUGAGAGGGAGAUAAAGUCACUCAGUUCAGCUCAAGAUCUCUUUGCCAGUCAAUCCCAACCCCAUGCCUAUUCCCAGCCCCACUCCUACUCCCGUCCCCAAACCCAGAUCGAGGCCCCUCGUUCAGCCUUCCACCCGGUCAACACCGCUCUCCUCCAGGAUAACCAGGCUCUUCACCAGGGGUAUCCACCACAGAGCUACACACCAACAGAGGCGUAUCCUGCUGCGUCUCGGCCGUUACCGUGGGAACAGACACAGAUCAACAGGAAGUUCAGCCUGACCGAGAGGGACUACCCCCGGUACAGACGUGAUUCAUCCACCGGGCCACCAAAUUGUGCUAUAACAGUAACACCUGACUACCACCACCACCAGCAAGUCUCCCAAAGUGGGGGUUGUUGGAAUGGCUUGCUGUCUGCCUGUAGUAUGGACGAGGAGGACCAUCACCAGACGUCUAUGGUGGUUAACCCCACAUCAUAUUCAUCUUCAUCACUACUACGAAGCAGGGCCAUGUCCGAGAACGAUCUACACUUUGGCUCUACCUACCGCCGUAUUUCACCCUCGGUUGCUAUGGCGACACCACUGUCUGAGCUGGAGGAGGGAGGCGGGAUCGAAGGGGGAAGAGUGGGAGGAAUUAGGGGAGCGGCUAACAAAAAUAAGACUCUACCCCCUCCGAGGCCACCUCCCCCCAAAUGGGAGCAGUUCCACCGCAGGAGAGCCUCCCACCACACCCUCAUCGCCUCUCCUCUCUUCUCCACUUCUGUUUCUUCAUCCGUCCAUCCAUUGGUAAACCCCACCCCCCCUCCUCUCCCUCUCAUACCACCAGAGGGUUCCACCUCUCACCCUUCAUCUCACCCCUGUCACCCCGAAAAGAGUGAAAUGACGCGUCAGCGCUCCUACAGCCUCCCGCCCCAGAGGGAGGAGCUAGAGGGGUGCCAGCGCUGCAUCAGAAGCCAAGUCCAGGAAUGGCGCUUUUCCCAGGCUCCGCCUAGUCCAGGGUUCACACACACGGCCUUCCGGCCGGUGGCCCCGCCCCAAAGAGAUAAAGACACUCCCCCUCGCUACAACGACACACUGCCGCCGUCAGAAAGCUGUGUCAGGUUGUACAACAUGGUUGACCAAGAUUGUCCUGCUGUAUUGAAGCCUAUCUCUCAUAGACAGCAGAGGGCCAGGGCUGAGUGGGAGAGAACUCCGUCUCCCAGAGUGCAUAGCGUCUCAGGUCAACUCACCAUAGAGAAUGGCGUUAUCUCACCAGAGUCCUACUUCGCUAUGAGCUAUGAACAACAACAACAGUUACAGCAGAAUAGAAGAUUGCACAAUCACCCCCACAACAAUAACAACAAGACGGAAUUGGAACAAGAAUUAUUGGAACUGGAACCGGAAUCCGAUUUUGGCCCGAGCCCCGCCCAGAGCUUGGAACAGGAAGUGGACAUCCCCAUGGAAACGGACAUUGACGACUCCCAGGAGGAGGGGCUUCCAGAGGAUGAAGAGCCAAUCAGGACAGAGCUACAAUGUUUCGCCCUGCCCGUCACGGUGCUGGAGACCGACAUCGACACGAUCCCUGAUCAGGAGGCCUUGCCAGCGGGUAGGAUGACAGUGGAGAAUGGGUCUCUGGAUGGAGAAAUGGAGGACCAGGGGAUGAGGACCAGAGAGGAACUCAUGGAGGAGCUGUUUCCCCAGAGCAUUGAGGGCGAGGCAGGCACAGAGAGCUGGAGAAAGGCCUACCGUAGCCCCAACCUGGAGCACAAUACAGACAGCCUGGAUAGGCGUUCUGGUGCCAGCUCCAGUUGUUCGUCCUACUACUCUACCUCAGCAGCCAAAGCUCAGCUCCUCACUCAGAUGAAGGACUACUGCUCAGACACUAGAGACACUGAUGAUGACGAUGAGGAACUGUCUUACAAGAGACAGUUGAUGGAGAGUCUACGUAAGAAGCUGGGAAUUCUGAGAGAGGCACAGAGAGGUCUACAGGAGGAUAUACGGGCUAACGCACAGCUGGGAGAGGAGGUUGAGAGCCUGGUGCUAGCGUUCUGUAAGCCCAAUGAGGUGGAUAAGUUCAGGAUGUUUAUCGGGGAUAUGGAUAAGGUGGUCAGUCUGCUUCUGUCUCUCUCCGGACGGCUACUUAGGGUUGAGAGCUCACUGGACAACCUGGAGGUCGAGACUGCACACUAUGAGAGGCUCCCCCUCCUGGAGAAGAAGCGUCAGCUCCUGGUGCAGCUGUCAGAGGCCCAGGACCUCAAAGAACAUGUGGACCGACGGGAGCAGGUUGUGGGAAGGGUGCUAAGGCGAUGCCUCUCCCCAGAACAGCACCGUGACUACAGUCAUUACGUCAAGAUGAAGGCAGCAUUGCUGGUGGAACAGAGGCAGCUGGAGGACAAGAUCAGGCUGGGAGAAGAGCAGCUAAGAGGGCUACGGGAGAGUCUCGGGAUGGGAUUAGGGAUGUCCAUGGGAUAUGGGCACUACUGAACCCCAACCAAGAGACCUGAAAGCUGGGCAGAUGGAUGGGGUAUCGACACUAUUGAGAGAAAGUGAACAAGGACAGUUAGAGCAGUUAAGAACCUUAAUGGAGAGUCUGUGUUGGGGGUGUCCAUGUUGAUGGGGGUAUGGACACUAUUGAGAGAACUAACUCUAACUUAAAGGUGAAUUUUGCUUUUUUUUUAAACAACUCUCUAUUCCAGACACUUUUUUUUGCCAUUUCACUUGUUUUUGAGAAACUUACCCCAACCAGUGAUUCACUUCCUCAUUGUUGUUGUGCAGUAAGGGGGCUCUGAAAAAACGGGGGGCUCUGAACAAACAUGAACAAAUGUUCCAAAAACACCCAAAUACGUCCUUUUAGAAAUGGAAACACUCUGAGUAUAGUGAUGCAGGUCUUUAGAUGUUGUACAUGUGAAAUUGUGUCAUUCCGAACUUUAUCCAUAACGUUAUAUUCCAUUUUGUGUGGAAAUGAAUUUCUGGUUGGGCAACGUUUCUCAAAAUCGCAAAAAAAGUGUAUUGACCCUUCUAUGACAUGCCAUUUACAUCCAAAUAAUAUUUGAUUGUAAAAAAGCAAAUUUCUCCUUUAAGGAAACUUUAGAGACGAGUUGAUGGUGUUAGGGAUGGGCUGGGGGAUGUAUGUGGGAUUCAUUCAUUAUUGAGUGAAAACCACCCUACCCAGGGAGACCCUAGAGUGGGGUACGUUAGGAUGGGGGGUGGGGUAUGGACACUAUUGAGAGAGAACCAACCCAACCUAAGGAGAGCCUGGAGAGCUAUGGUAGAGUUUAGGGUUAGGGGUAGAGCUGAGGGAUGUCCAUGAAGUAUGGGAACUGUAGGGAGACAGCCAACCCACACAUGGAGGCCCUAGAGUUGGGUAAAUAGGGACGGGGUUAGAGUUGGGGAUGGGGUAUGGGCACUACUUCCUAAAACACCAGUACUUUUCCUGACACCAACAUCUACACUGUGUUAAACAGAGGUGGCCAUUAAAACCACACAAGACAAUUCAUUAAGGCUGCACUUGGCAGUAUUUGUCCAUUUAAGAAAUACACACCUACUCUUUGGUGUUAGACACACUGGUACACCCAAGAGUAACAACUAUCUUUCACUUACCAACUGUAACCUCACAAUCGCAUACUCCAUGCACUACAAAACGAGGCCAAAGAAUAAGUUGUUGUUUAGUGUGUGUGUUACUGAACAAGACUGGGGAAAGUAUUUAUUUAUUUAUAACUCUGUUGAGCAAUACUGACAGGGAGAAUUUGGGGUGCUAGACGAGAGUAUUUUCAUGAAACUGUUGGGGAGUGCAUUGAAUACUUAGAAAUGGAUAGAAGGUGCAUGUGCCAUAAAGCUGCCCAUGUUAUCACAUAAAACAUUAUUGUGAAGAAAAGCCCUCUAUCCAAAUCUAUGAUUGCAUAUAAUCCUAUUACAGUAAUAUGUCCAGAAAUGGAGAGAGACAGCUGCUUCUCUCCACUCUCAUAAAACACUAUACUAGCCUGAGUGCCAGUCUGUUUGUGCUAGCAUGCAAACUCCUUAACGCUUAUUGUCAUGCCAAACAUGUUUGGCUUGACCAUGACAGCGAUGGAGUUUGCCAAGAGCGCAAACUGAUUUCGGGCCUGGAAAACCCUAUACUCCAUAACUGCAUCACAUCACUGCAUUGACACCUCCUUAACACUACACUACCACACUAUCACACCACGCCUUAGAUUGUGUAUAUUGGUGUAGGGUGAAGUUUCCCCUAGACACUGAUCCUGGGUCAGUUUUGCAUUUCCCCCACUGGUUAAGGUUAAAAUAGGGGGUGGGGAAGCUGAUCCUAGGAAAUUUCACCCCGGAGCCCUAAAAUUACCACACCAUGUCUUACAGUGUGUCUAUGCAUUCAUUACUAUUGUGUAUAUUGAAUGUUGUGUAUAGAAGUGAUAUUCAUGUGUUAUAACUGGAAUCCAUCAUUGUAGUGUAAAUAUGUCAUGAGAAGUUAUGUCGUUUUAAUAUAUACGUCAUAUGGCAUAUAAUCGUCAUAUGGCAAAGUUCAUCCUAAUACAAUACGUGCCAAUAAAAUAAAAUAAACUUUGUUUUUAUUACAUUUUGGGGGAUUUUUUGGGGGCACGUAUUGUAUUAGGAUGAACUUUGCCAUAUGACGUAUAUAUGCCAUAUGACGUGUAUAUAUAUAUAUAUAUAAAUGACAUAACUUUUCAUUUAUAUAUAUAUAUAUAUUAUUGGCUGUUUGACCAAAAACAUGCAUGAGACCAUAUAUUUUUAUUUUUGCAAGACAGCUAUGUCUUACUAUACUUGUGAGGACUUUUUGGGGACCAACGAUUCCCAUUCAAAAUCCUAUUUUCCUUAAACCUAACCUUAACCCCUAAUCCUAACCCCUAAUCCUAAAAUAGCCUUUUUAUAAAUGAGGACUGGCAAAAUAUCCUCACUUCCUUGAAUUCUAGUUGGUUUACUAUUCUUGUGAGGACUUCUGGUACUCACAAGUAUAGGAAAACGUGUGCACACACACUCGCACAGAUACACACACAAGUGCCUUCGGAAAGUAUUCAGACCCCUUGACUUUUUCCACUUUUUGUUAUGUUACAGCCUUAUACUAAAAUUUAUUAAAUAAGAAAAAAUCCUCAGCAAUCUACACACAAUACCCCAUAAUGACAUUUAUCAAAAUUAAAAACAGAAAUACCUUAUUUAUGUAAUUAUUCAGACCCUUUGCUAUGAGACUCGGAGUUGAGUGCAGGUGCAUCUUGUUUCCAUUGAUCAUCCUUGAGCUGUUUCUACAUCUUGAUUGGAGUUCACCUGUGGUAAAUUCAAUUGAUUGGACAUGAUUUGAAAAGGCACACACCUGUCUAUAUAAGGUCCCAUAGUUGACAGUGCAUGUCAGAGCAAAAAACAAGCCAUGAGGUCAAAGGAAUUGUCCGUAGAGCUCCGAGACAGAAUUGUGUCGAGGCACAGAUCUGGGGAAGGGUACGAAAAAAUGUCUGCAGCAUUGAAGGUCCCCAAGAACACAGUGGCCUCCAUCAUUCUUAAAUGGAAGGAGUUUGAAGCCAACAAGACUCUCCCUAGGGCCAAACUGAAGUUCUGUGGGAGAAGGGCCUUGGUCAGGGAGGUGACCAAGAUCCCAUUGGUCACUCUGGCAGACCUCUAGUUCCUCUGUGGAGAGGAACUCCAAUACCUGCAGCACUCCACCAAUCAGACAGAAGCCACUCCUCAGUGAAAGGCACAUGACAGCCCACUUGGAGUUUACCAAAAGGCACCUAAAGACUCUCAGACCAUGAGAAUCAUGAAGCCAAGAUUGAACUCUUUGUGCUGAAUGCCAAGCGUGAUAUCUGGACGAAAACCUGGUGCCAUCCCUGGUGGUGGCAGCAUCAUGCUGCCAUGAUGCUGGAUGUUUUUCAGCAGCAGGGACUGGGAGACUAGUCAGGAUUGAGGGAAAUAUGAACAGCGCAAAUUACAGAGAGAUCCUUGUUGAAAACCUGCUCCAGAGCACUCAGGACCUCAGACUGGGGGCGAAGGUUCACCUUCCAAAACGUAAACAACCCUAAGCACACAGCCAAGACAAAGGAGGAGUGGCUUCGGGACAGAUCUCUGGCUGGACCACUCAAGAUGUCCUUGAGUGGUCCAGCCAAAGCCCGGACUUGAAUCCGAUCUAACAUCUCUGGGAGAGAUGUUCAAUCGCUGUGCAGCGAUGCUCCCCAUCCAACCUGACAGAGCUUGAGAGGAUUUUUUAGAGAAGAAUGGGAAGAACUCUCCAAAUACAGGUGUGCCAAGCUUGUAGCGUCAUACCCAAGAAGACUCAAGGGUGUAAUUGCUGCCAAAGGUGCUUCAACAAUGUAUUGAGUAAAGGGUCUGAAUACUUAUGUAAAUGCGAUAUUUCAUUUAUUUAUUUUUUGCAAAAAUGUCUAAAACAGUUUUUUGCUUCGUUAUUUUGAGCUAUUUUGGGUAGAUUGAGGGGAAAAAACAAUUGAAUCGAUUUUAGAAUAAGGCUGCAACGUAACAAAAUGUGUAAAAGGUCAAGGGGUCUGAAUACUUUCGGAAUGCACAGUAUGUGUGUAUUUAUUUAUUUUUUUACAUUUUUGUUUACUGUAUUCCUUACAUAGUGCACUACUGGAAACGAUGGGUUGGGACCAAUUAAGGGGUCCCAAGCUUCCACACAAGUAAGCUAAACUUCCACAGGUUAAAAAAAAAAUCCACUUAGUCAUGCAUUCAAUGGGAAAUUUAAGUGAAAAUGUUACUCUUGGGGGGAGGUUAGGAUUCACUCCUAAUUCUAGACUUAUACUGCUGUGUAUUUUCUGAUAUGUAUUUUUUAUUAGAUUUAUUGCAAAAAUCUUUUAGUAAAAAACAAGUGAGACGAGUACCAUAAUUAAUAAUACUAUUUUAAACUAC